AUGGGCUGUGUCGCACAGGUGUGGCUCCACGUGGAACUUGAGGAAGACACGUCAUCAUCUGACGGCACGGAACUCUCCCGCCUCAAACUCCGUCUGCAGGCCGAUAGCGACUCGGAUCUGACACGUGGCAUUUGCCAGCUCCUCCUAGGGAUCUUUACCGGCCGCAGCGUCAGCGCCGCGCUAGCGUUAGAUUCUAACGGACCGGCAGUUAAAGCCCUCUCUGCCGCCCUAAAACCCGCCGCAGCCGCCACAGCCGCCGGCGCAGCUAAGGCCGCCCCCGCUGUACGCACAUCCACCUUCGUAAGCCUCCUCCUCUCCAUGCAAAAACGCGCGCGCGCCCUGGCGGCGGCGGCGCUCGGACGGACUCCGUCAGUGGCUCCGUUACCGUCAAUCGUGAUCGGCCGGGGCGGGACGAUCACCGCCCGCGGGGAUUUCGCGGUUACCCAGGCGCAGUACCUCCGUCCGAACGACGCGGCAGUCGCGGCGUUAGUUACGGAGCUAUCUAGCAAGCGCAUCGGCGUCGUGGCGCAUUUCUACAUGGACGCGGAAGUUCAGGGCGUGCUGGUCGCGGCGCGCAAAUCCUGGCCGCACAUCAAGAUCUCGGAUUCGCUGGUGAUGGCGGACGGAGCGCUGAAGAUGGCGCAGGAGGGGUGUGACUAUAUCGCGGUCCUGGGGGUGGAUUUUAUGGCGGAGAACGUGCGGUGCGUGCUUGAAAAGGGCGGCUACGCGCACGUGCCUGUCGUGCGAAUGGCGGCGUCCCCCAUCGGGUGCUCGUUGGCGGACGCGGCGCGGAGCGACGCUUAUGAUAGGUAUCUUAAGGAGGCGUCGACGGUGCCUAAGUCGCUGCACGUGAUCUAUAUCAACACGGCGCUGGAUACUAAAGCCGUGGCGCAUCAUGCAGUGCCGACCAUCUCGUGCACGUCGUCCAACGUGGUGCAGACCGUAUUGCAGGCUUUUGCCCAAGUUCCGGACCUGACCCUGUGGUACGGACCAGACACGUACAUGGGAGCAAACCUGGUCGAGAUGCUUCGGCAGCUCUCCAACGUACCUGACGACGAGGUUCGGUUGCUUCACCCGGACCACACCCAAGCCUCGCUCCGCGCACUCCUGCCUCGGAUAAGAUACUUCCAGGAAGGUGCCUGCAUUGUUCACGACAUGUUCGGGCAGGAGGUUGUUUCGCGGCUCCGGGCAGCAUAUUCUGACGCUUUCCACACCGCACAUUUCGAGGUGCCCGGAGAAAUGUUUGCGCUGGCAAUGGAGGCGCGUGCAAGGGGGCGCGGCACUGUUGGGUCAACGCAAAACAUUUUGGAUUUUGUAACUGCCCGAACGAGGGAGGCGUUGGAGAGAGGGUAUGAAGGGGAGAGAUUACAGUUUGUGUUGGGAACAGAGACUGGAAUGGUUACCAGCAUUGUGCAGGCGGUGCAGGACGAAUUGGCGAAGGUUGAGAGCGGUUCGGAUGGUGCCGCUGACGUGGAGGUAGAGAUAGUUUUUCCUGUAGACAGCUCGGCGGUUGCUUCUACUAAGGAGGAUGGGGGAAACAACGGCAGCAGCAGCAGCAGUAGCAGUGGGAGCAAUGGCAACGCAGUAGGGUCGGUAGCAGCAGCGAUGUUGCCAGUGGUGCCAGGCGUUAAGGGGGGAGAGGGGUGCUCUGUCACUGGUGGCUGUGCGUCGUGCCCAUACAUGAAGAUGAACUCCCUAGACGCCCUCAUGUCGGUCUGCCACAUGAUGGGUCAAGAGGAUGCUCUCACACGCCUGGCGCCGUACGAGCCUGACAAGUUUGCCGAGCCUCUUGGUCCGGGCACAGUGGCGGACCUGGGCUACUUGCCGAUCCUCCACAUGAGGCAUUUCCAGAAAACGGGGCAGUUGUCUGAAGAGCUUGUUGCCGACAUUUUGACAAGGAACCAGAGUCAGCAGCAUGAGCCCACGCAAUGA